AAGAGCCGUAUCAGCAGUAAGGGAAGGACAGGCUGAGCACUCUUUAGGCAUCUGUCUCUCUAUCUUUGUUCCUCCUCUAUGGCACUCUAUGAUUCUCUGCUAUGUUUUAAAAGGUACCCACUGAUAUGAAGCCCUUGUAAGGACCCUGGGAUUAGGUUUUGGGCUCAGGAUGCAGGUGUCUAUCGCAUGCACCGAACACAACCUGAAGAGUCGCAGCAGUGAUGACCGGCUCUGCAGCAAUCGACCCACAAGCUGUGGCAGCACCGUAACCAAUGGGGGGCACGCCAAGUGCCGGACAACAGCAGUGCUGACCCACAACUUAAGUCAGAACAGUCCACAGCUACCCAUUUACUUGAAGGAAUCAACAUCCAGAGGCACAGGAAUGAAGUACAGGAAUCUGGGAAAGUCUGGUCUCCGAGUAUCUUGUCUGGGUCUAGGAACUUGGGUCACCUUUGGGUCUCAGAUCUCAGAUGAGAUGGCAGAGAACAUAAUGGCUGUUGCAUUUGAACAUGGGGUCAACCUAUUUGACACUGCAGAGGUCUAUGCAUCAGGAAAAGCAGAAGUAACAUUGGGAAACAUCAUCAAAAAAAGGGGGUGGAGACGUUCCAGCUUUGUAAUCACAACAAAGAUUUACUGGGGUGGACAAGCUGAAACUGAGAGAGGCCUCUCCAGAAAGCACAUUAUAGAAGGGUUGAAAGGUUCACUCGAGCGGCUCCAGUUGGAUUAUGUGGACAUCAUCUUUGCAAACAGAACAGAUGCCAACAGUCCCAUGGAAGAGAUUGUCCGAGCAAUGACGUAUGUUAUAAAUCAGGGAAUGGCAAUGUAUUGGGGAACAUCUCGCUGGAGCUCCAUGGAGAUCAUGGAGGCAUAUUCUGUGGCUCGACAAUUUAACUUGAUCCCACCUGUAUGUGAACAGGCUGAGUACCAUCUGUUCCAGAGGGAUAAAGUAGAGGCACAGCUUCCAGAACUUUACCAUAAGAUUGGAAUUGGAGCAAUGACAUGGUCCCCCCUUGCUUGUGGGCUCAUUACUGGAAAAUAUGAAGAUAGCAUUCCUGAAAACUCAAGAGCAGCACUUAAGGGUUAUCAGUGGUUGAAGGAGAAAGUCACAAGUGAAGAAGGUCGUCGACAACAGACAAAGUUGAAGGAAGUGCAUGCCAUUGCUGAGAGGCUGAACUGUAGUACUGCACAGCUAGCAGUCGCAUGGUGCUUACGUAGUGAAGGUGUGAGCUCUGUCUUACUUGGUGUUUCUAAUGUUGAGCAGCUCCUUGAAAAUCUAGGAUCAAUUCAGGUGCUGCCACAGUUGACACCACAGACAAUCAGUGAAAUUGAUGGCAUCUUAGGUAAUAAGCCACACACAAAGAAGGAGUCUCGUUCAUGAAAUGGCACCUAGCUCAUGAUGAAACUGGAUUUCAUUGGCAGGUGGAAAUCUUUCUGCUGAAACUAUCUUGGGAAUUCUGAACUUCAUUAUAUUUUCUUGCAAAACAUUUUGAAAGAAGAUUUUCAUGUAACCAUGGAGACUGGAAGUUUAUUCAAGGUUAUUCUGUUAUAGAAAAUGUAUAGCAGCAUACAGAAGUCUUGUAUCUCUAUUUCCAAACAGUGGUGCAUCUUAAAAUUCCAAAGACAUUCCCUCUAAAGCCAUUCCACCAGUAAUCUGUCUUGGAGGUAGUUUCACUGGUGUCAGAGAGCCAACACUGUGUCACACGUUGGCUGAUGGUGCAUUUUCAGUGACUAGAUUUCUUCCACAUAAAUGUGCAUCCUAGGCAGUACAAGCAGUAAACCAGAACUCAGGCAAUGUUUCUUUGGUCACCAGUCUCUCCAAUGUAAUACUGUAUAAUCUUUUUUGCUUGGCUGCUGACAGGCAGCCUUUCUGAGUUUUUCCUGACUUUUCCUACUGAAAUUAUGUGUGUGCAUGCACUGAAAAAUCAGGAGAGUCUUCAAAGCUAACAAUGGCCCAGAAAGCUGCAAGGCACAAUCUAGUCUUUUAGUUCAGCAUUCUAGAACCAGAUAUGUUUGGCAUGGUUCUUUGGCUUUUAGUCUUGCUUUCUCCUGCCUUCUGCCUUUGGCAUUAGCUGAUUCCACAAUCACAGUCAGACAGCUGUAACACUGGUACUGUGGAUGUAGAUUUCAAGGUGGAUUUUUAUAGACACACAGGAGAAAGGGUGUUCAUUUGAUUUGGAUGUUUGCAAUAAUGUCACAAGCCUUUGUUUGUCAGUGAGAAUGCUGUGCUAAACACCCAGGUGUAUGUUACUUCACUGUAAGGCAGGAUGGCCUCUUUUACCAUUAAUCAUACAGUCUAGGCUUUAUAAAGGUUGCAUAAGAGUUUGUACCAUUACUGGAGAUUGUUCUUUUCUUUCUGGAAAUAAAUGCACAACAUAACUAAAUAAA